UCUUCCAUCCCUUUUUUAUUGCAGCAAUACAAAACCAAAUCGAAAACAAAGAGUCUGAUGAAAAUUACACUAUAUUAAGUUUAUAUAUUCUAUUUGUGUGUUUUAUACAAUCUUAAACAUGAAAAAGUAUUAAUGUUAUACACAAUUAAAGAUUAACAUGUUUUAUAACAUAGUAAACCAUCUAAAAAUUCCGCCCCGCAUAAUUUCCGAUUAAUCCCCGAUUUUCUCUUUAGGCGUUAGGCCCAACCCGACCGACCGAUUAGGGCCUAGGGCUUUCCCUAACAGGGGUUUUUUCUAGUGAAAGAGGAGACUAUAUGGCGAGGACGGGACGUGAGAGACCCAAGACUCUUCACAAUUUCACCCUCCCGGAUUUGAAGUGGGGGUUUCAGCGAAGUCUCAGGUGCAUGAAGCUCCAAUCUAACGGCGGCUCAGUGGAGACGGAACGGUGGAGAUCAGAGGAAGGGAUCGAAGAGUAUGGAGAGAAGAUCAUCUGGGAUCUUAGAACAGAGGCGGAGAAGAUGAAGGCAUCAAUCUUCAGGGAACGGAUUGUAGAUUUCGAAGAUGAAGAUAAGAAGGAGAGGGAGAGGGAGGCUUCUCCGCCGGGAGUAGCGGCGGAGGUGAAGCCGUGGAAUUUACGGAAGAGAAGAGCAGCUUGCAAGGCUCCGGUUGCAGAAUCUGUAAACUGCGACGAAGACGCGAAGUUCAUGUCGACGCUGUCGAAGAAAGAGAUGGAAGAUGAUUACAUGACGAUGAUGGGUCACCGACCACCUCGACGGCCCAAGAAACGUCUCAGAACCCUUCAGAAACAGAUCGAUUUGUUGCAUCCAGCUUUUUAUUUUACUCAAAUUACUGAAGAUAUCUACCAAGUUCCAGAUGCUGCAGAGUACAGAAAGAGGUGAUGAUGAUGAUGGAUGAUAAGUUCCAGUUUAAGUUUCACAGCCCUAUUUUGCUGACUUGUGGAAUCUAUUGAAGUUUUGGAGUUUCACAACUUUGUCUCUUUAGCUAUUCUUUUGUUAGUUUAGUUUGGUUUAUUCGUGUUACAAAAUGGAUGAAAUAACAUGUAAGUAGGUUCUCAUGUAUUUAGAACAAUAUACUCUUUCUUUCAAUAUAUCAUCAAACUGAACAGCCAAUAGCAAUCAAUAAAAAGGAUGAACACUUUCACCAA